CUCCCGCAGCAGCGUAUGCUCUGUGCAUGGCAUCCACGGGGGCUGGCGUCGCUUCGGCUCCAGAACAAUUGGCCACGGCCCCCUUCCCACCGACCCCGGAUCGGGGCUCACAGCUAGGCAUUGCUCGGGAAGGAUUGCUUCACGCAACCAGGGGCAUAUGACUUGGGAACUCGCGGCCGCGAGAUAGGGGUAACGAUGGCAGGCUAUGCCCAGAAGCAGGGGAAGAGAAGCGAUGGAACCGGUCUGGCUGGUGUGGUGGACUUCCUUCUGGCCAACGCAAGGGUGGUCCUAGGAGUCAGCGGAGCAGCUGUGUUGGCAAUCGCAACACUUGCUGUGAAGCGGCUCAUAGACCGAGCCACCAGCCCACCUGACGAUGACAGUGACAUGAAGGCCAAGCAGAAAUCACUUGAGGAGAGCUGGCAGGAACUAAGUUUGAUCCAGACAAUGCCGAAAUCGCAGCUUCCAUUGAGACGGGAAAAGCUUGAGGAGCCGCUGCUGUCACCAGUUGUGGAUGGGACUACUGAAGACCCUGAGGAUGUUGUUCCAUCCUCAGAGAUGCUUCCAGCGAAAUCGAAAACCCAGUUAUGCCUCACACUUCAGGAAAAGCUCCUUUCUCGCUACCAAGAUCACAUCUCUGUUUCUGAGGCCAAGAAGAUUCUGGGGAAGCAGCUGUCGAAGGACAUAUGUGCCGAGCUGCAGGACUUCCUGAAAAACAAGUGUUCGGAACUGCCUUUUGGCAAUGCGUUCCUUAGCGGUUACCUCUGUGAUGGUCUCAUUGGUGGUGGAACUCUCGAGGUUGCCUUUAUGCUUCCCCUUGUCCUUGAAUCCAGCCUUUGGACCCUAAUCCCAGGGGAGCAGACAGUGGUGAACAACCCCUGCUUCUGGAUGAUCAAGCGGACCAGUCUGGAAUAUUUCCCGCGAGGAAACAGCCCCUGGGAUAGGUUCAUGGUGGGUGGGUAUCUCUCCUCCAAUGCCAUCAGCAGUGCUCUCCGUAAGGUAUUGGUGGCUUCUAUCAAUUGGCCAGCCAUCAGCAGCAUGUUGGGUUGUGUUGUCAGGCCUGUCAUGGCUCCUGAGGAGCUCAAACUUGAAGUUAGACAUGAACAAAUUCACCUGGACAUAACUCUCUGCCCAAUGAUGGAAUCUGGGGACAAAACUCUUCUUGCUGCAUCCCUCAAAGAACCGGUUGAGAACCUCUGGCAGCAAAGCUUCUACGCUACAGAGGUUUCCAAACUUAAAGAUCUGGAUGCCAGAGAUUCUGGCAUCCGGCAGUGCUGUCUUCACCUCCUAAAGGAUGUCUUUGAAAUCCACCCUUUCUGGUGCAAACUGACCAGCAGCCAUUUGAUUCAUGUGCUUCUACAUUUGAGUGAAACUGAAUCUGAUUGGUCGGAGGCAGCUCUGGCCAUCAGGUUUCGGCAGGUGCUGGAAGAACUGCUCCAAUUCCUGGAGGAAGGUUCCCUUCCUUGCUAUUUUGACAGCCGGAUAAACCUUCUGGGGCAUCUGCGCUUAGAAGAAAUCGACGAUAUUGGUUAUACGUUAUACGAGGCUUUGGCGGAACCCGAUCUUUGGUCUGGACUUGGUUUAUAAACACCUUGAUGGAGACUCUACAUUUGUGUGCACUUUGAGGUUAAAUGGCUUGGAAAGAUCCUCUUCCACUGGGAUUCUUUGCAUCUAAUGAAGAAAUAAAGGUAUGGACUCUUGAAAUAAAAAUGGCCUGUGGCAUAAGACAGUCGUCUUCUCUGCCUGCUAAACUGUUUCUUGCAGCUGUUGGUUGAUCCCAUCUGGUCCCACUUUUAUUGGUACCUGCAUUCUUCUGCAACUGGGACAGCAGGAGAGUUAUAAUGGAGAAUCUCCAUUACUGUACAAACCAGAAUUCUUAUCUAGAGUGGGAAGAUGCUUACAGUUGUACUGAAUAUGUGUGGCUUCAGCCAUUCCUUCUGAUCUAGGAAGUCGGCGCAAAGUCACCAUGCCUUGGGUUGCCCCGAAGACUGAGAAUGAGUCUCUGCAGUUAAAACCCUGAAACUAUCCUGUGCCAUUGUAGUUAGCAACAUAUUUUAGUUGUAUGUGGGAAGAAAUCAGGAGCUUUGAGGAACAUUGCAAACUGGCCUUGCUUUUGUGGCCUGCUGAUGAGAGCAGGCUCCAUUUUGUAGGAAUGAAAUUGGGACUUUGUGUUUGUUAAUCAUACUCUCCUAGCAAUCGAGAUCAGUGCCAAGGGUGGUGUGUGGGGGGGGAGGGGGCAGAGAGGAGUCUAAUUCUUGACUGAUCUGGAAGAAGUGAAUGGGAAGGGGCCUGGUGGUCUCAGCUGUGAUUGUUUAUGAAGGCCUGAAUUGCUGUUGUAAAGUUCUUGUUAACUACAGAUAUCGUUUAUAAAAUUAAGUAUCUGCCGUA